AUGUUGACCAAGGUUCUCCUUGCGGCCCUCGCCGCUGUCGGCGCUCAGGCCGGCCCUCACCGCAUGCGCUCGCCCAAGGCGCACAUGGAGGAGCGCGAGCUCCACACGUUCCAGAAGCGCUUCACAGGUACCGCCACGUUCUACUCUGUCGGUGUCGACCUCGGCCACUGUGGUGAGAUGCACUACGACAACGAGUUUGUUGUUGCCCUCAACACUGCCCAGUUCCGCAACCAGGGCUACCCCGGCCCCGACUGCUUCCGUCAGGUGUCGAUCACCAACACCGAGACGGGUAUCACGCAGUCUGCGUCCAUUGUCGACUCGUGCCCGACGUGCUCGUACGGUGACCUCGACCUGUCGCCGUCGCUGUUCGAGGCCCUCGGCGCGCCCCACUCGAAGGGUGUGUUCCAGAUCAGCUGGAACUUUGGCGGUGGCGGCGGCGGUGGUGAGGACCCCAAGCCGACGAGCAAGGAGGAGGAGAAGCCCAAGCCCACGAGCACCUGGACUCCCGAGCCUGAGACGAGCACGUGGACGCCUCCCCCCGAGCCGUCGACGAGCACCUGGACCCCUCCGCCCGAGACGUCGACUUCGACGUGGUCCCCUCCUCCUGCGCCUUCGUCGAGCUCGCAGUCGCCCUCCCCCUCUCCCUCGCCUUCGAGCUCUUCCGCGUCCAGCAGCAACUCGCCCUCGCCCUCUUCCAGCGCCUCGUCCUCGGCGGCUCCUAGCAGCAGCUCGUCGAGCCUGUCGUCGAGCGCCAGCUCGUCGGCCUCGGCCCUCCCCUCCGGCCUCCUUGCCAACGGCACUCUCCCCGCCGACUCGCCCAUGAACCUCACCUCGUCCAGCACGAGCGCGUCGUCCACCCUGUCCAACUCGACCGUCGCGUCGGCCGCAGCUACCGCCUCGGCCCACGCCAUCAUCACCAACCCCAACGUCGAGGCCGAGGACGGCAACCUUGCCGGUGUCGCGGCGGUUGUGGCCCAACUGGGUCAGAUCAUCAUCACGGCGGCGGGCAAGUAA